GAGUCCCAUAAGCUUGCAAUAUCUAUCCCAUACCUCGUCUGUGGUUCUAUUUAUUGAACUUUUUUUUAUCUUAAAUGAAAUAAGAAAUAUAUAUAUGAAAAUGUCGAAGUUAAUAAGAACUAUGGUUGUCCUAAUUUUUUUAAUUUCAUUAUUUGUCGCAAGUAUUGUAGAUACAGAAAUUGAACAAAUGAACAUAUAAAAUAUAAUUAUUUGCAAUAUAUUGAAAACCUAUACAUCGUGGAGCAUAUAAAUCGAUGCUGACAACUUUGCUUCCUACGCUUUAAAAUUUGUACAAAUUGGAAGGCUGUUUUUUGGUUACAGAUAAGGAUUAUCAAGAAUCAAAAGUAAACAGUUGCCGUGUGAAACUGGCCUUUUCCUUACGUUACUUCUCACUAGUAGAAAACGAUUCGUGUGAAUAAGCAGUACCAAUCUAAUGAACAGAAUGAAGCUAUCGCCGAGAUUCAAAGAAAUAUUUCGAGAUGAACAAAAUGAAUAAAACGGAUCUACCAAACAUUAAUUCGUUAAGGCUAAUGUGUUUCGAACACCCAGUAGAGAAGCUUGAUGCAGGUCUGCGCCUGUCAACGAGCAGUUGACCUGUGUAUAGUUGACCGUGGUAUUUGACCGAUCGCGCGCUAAUAUACAUUUCUUUUGCGUGUGUCUUUCGUACAGUCCCGCAAAUUUUUCUUAAAUACACGACCGGCAUUCGUAUGUACGAAGUGAUGGAAGAAGUCGCAAAGGGCUCAGACUUCUGACCACCCAGAUGAGACUGCGUGGAUCACCAAAAUAUCAGGACAAUCUGGGGGGGUGACUGAAGUUCUGCAAGGCCUAAUUUUAUUGCUGACAAUGUUGAAUGCACAGCGUUACAGCGAUUACAGAUGAUCGCUGAUGUGGGUUAGAGUGAUCAGGAAGCACAUUAAAAUAGGACAUCUAAAUGUCUAAAGGUGUCCUAGUGCAGCAUUCUGUGCUUUGACCAGGCGUUUUUAAACAUGGCCAUGUAUCAAGUUGACUACCAGUGGGCUUAUACCAUAAUGGAUUCAUCUAGAAUAUCUACUUUCUUAAUAUCAAUUUUAUUGAUAGUCUAUGGCAGUUUCCGAUCUCUAAAUCUGGAACAAGAAGCUAGAGAAAGGGAAAGAGAAAAGGAACGUAGUAAUUUAUUGACUGGAAUACUGAGCAAUUGUAGCACAGCAAAUGCAGAUGGUGCUAAUGGGAGAGUUCAAACAUUGAAUACAAUGCACGCUCUCUGUCUACCUCUUGGUGCUUCCAUUUCUCUGCUCAUCAUGUUUUUCUUUUUUGAUAGCAUGCAGAUGCUUGUAACCAUCUGUACAGCUAUUGUAGCUACAGUUGCAUUGGCAUUUCUUUUACUGCCUAUGUGUCAGUACAUUAUUAGACCAUGCUCGGAUGGUAACAAAAUAUCGUUUGGUGUCUGUGGAAGGUUUACAGGUGCAGAAUUACUUUCAUUUUCUUUGAGUGUGAGUAUAGUAUGCAUCUGGGUCUUGACUGGACAUUGGCUACUCAUGGAUGCAAUGGGUAUGGGACUUUGCGUGGCAUUCAUUGCAUUCUUUCGAUUACCUAGUCUAAAGGUAUCCACCAUACUGCUAACGGGCCUGUUGAUUUACGAUGUCUUCUGGGUUUUCUUUUCAUCCUACAUAUUCAGCACAAAUGUUAUGGUUAAGGUAGCAACUAGAUCGGCAGAUAACCCAGUGAAUCUUGUGGCUAGAAGGUUGCAUUUGGGUGGUGUAGCAAGAGAAGCACCAAAACUUCCUUUACCUGGAAAAUUAGUCUUUCCAUCAAUGCACCAAGCAGGACAUUUUUCUAUGCUAGGUCUUGGUGAUGUUGUGAUGCCAGGUCUUUUGCUUUGUUUCGUUUUACGAUACGACGCAUACAAGAAAACACAACUGUUACCAGGUGGUUGUGAAACGGGAGUUCCACCUCCGCGUCACAUUAAUCGCAUUAGUUAUUUUCACUGUUCCCUGAUCGGAUAUUUUUUGGGUUUACUUACUGCUACUGUAAGCUCUGAGGUGUUUAAAGCUGCGCAGCCUGCCUUAUUGUACCUUGUGCCCUUUACCUUAUUGCCACUACUUACAAUGGCAUACCUAAAGGGUGACCUACGUCGAAUGUGGAGCGAACCGUUCAUAUCUCAACAACCUUCUAAGCAUAUGGAAGUUUGACAAGAGUCAAUGGGUUUGUGUAUAUUACACAUUAUGGGAAGAAAACUGUUUAUAUGAAUCCUGUUGUCAUUUAUCAUCAUAUCCUUAUUUUUAUCAAUGUCAUUUAAUGUAAGUAAUUCAUUUCUAUUGUGCAGUAUACAUCGCUUAACGCUACAGUGCAAAUUACGAUUUCGUGUUUAAAAAGCGAUAGAUGUAAUUUGCAGUGUAAUUAAAGGUUUAAUAUAUUUUAAACAUCUUUUAAUAUAUCGUCAAAAAUGCAAUAUUAACAGUGAAAAGCUCACCGUAUUAAAUUGGAAUGCAAAACAGUUUUUUAAAAACAUAUUUAGAAUACUAACUGUUACGAAUACAUUGUUAGUAUUCUUUUAUGUCUCACAUUCACGAUUGAGCAAAAAAUGGACUAUAUCUAAUAGAUAAAGUGAAUGAUAUCAAUUACUGUCUUACAAUUCAGUAAGUAUUCUAAACUAUGUCACAAAAUUCACUUAAAAAUGAAAAUGUCUUCUUUAGUUCUACAAUGAGAUUAUGGUGGUAACUUUUUUAUGGUCUCGAGAUUUCUAUUUUCUCUUCAGUUCUUUUUCUACAUUAAAUUAACAGCAUAUUUUACAUGUUAAUGAUUUUGCUCUAAUCCCAUUAUAAAUGUGUGUGAUACUCUGUGCAGAAAGUUUCUUUUUAAUUUAUUAUUCAAUGGAUAUCAGAAUAAUUGUAUGUUAUAUGUAGUUACAAAUAGAGUAAUUUGAUAAUUAUUCGAAGAUUUCCACGAAAAUCUAGUGAAUGUAUGUGUGUAGGUUGUGACUUUCUUUUACUUGGAGCUAGUAUCGAACAAAGCAUCCUUUAUGAAAACCUGUAUAUAAAUUUUCGUUUUUAUAAAUUUAAGGGUUAAAAUUUACAGUUUGUUAUUAGGAUUAAACAGCAAGCGUUUCACUUGCCAAAUGUCAUGCUAAUAUAGCGUGUCAUGACCGAGGUAAUUGAUAAUACAGUCUUAGAAAAGAUGAAAGUGGAAGUUGUAGAACUUCUAUCAUAAAACAAAAUAAUGAAAAUUGAAUUACAUACAUAUUUACGUCUUGAUUUUCAAGAACUAUCUCGUGAUAAGAAAAAGAGUUUAUUAUUGCAAAAUAGAGUUUUUAACUAAGCUCUUGCUAUGGAUAGGCAUCAGAAAGACUUUGUAUGUUUAUUUAAAAACAAGACUGAAAAUAAUAUUAUAUAAAAGCCAAUUUAUUGCAAGGUCAUUCAAAAUCAAUCAGUUUCUUCUGUUCUUCUAUUACUUUAUAGUGCUGUAGAUUGAUAUAGUAUAAUACAUAAUAUCAUAUUAUGCAAUGUGACACAAGUGAACACCAGUUGCUUUUGUAACAUUUGUAUAAUUUGUAGUAAACUUCCUGAAAAUUAGAGGCAAAGAUGGGUUAAUUAUAUAAUUCUUGUUUUUGUACUUUAUCAAUGAGGAUUAUGAAAAGAUUACAUAUAUAUAUAUAGACUGGAAUCUAUUUUACGAAUAAGAACGUUUGUUAGAACAUUAUUAUAUUUUUUAAUAUAAUCUGUUGUGCACCUAGAAUGAUAUAGUGGUAUUAGAGGCAAUAAAUCAUUGGAUGAACACACUAUCAAUUUAAAGUCAUUUUACUUGGACAUUUGUAUACUGACUUAGUGAAAUUCCAUGCAUAACACAGGUGAACAGGUAUCACAUCUGUAACCUUGUUACUCGUUUUAUGAACAAAAUAUUUUGUAAUUUGUUUGUCUUAAGUAUUUUAUUUUUUAUUUUGUAAUAUCAAAUGAUCGAUAAUAGAAAGUAUUAUACAAAAACUAAUUAUCUUGGACCAUCUCAAAUGUUUAUUUAUACACAGAUAUUUUUUUACUUAUGUUAAUACAGUUCAAACUAUUUAUAAUGAACUAUACAUACUUCAUAAAAUAAAAUACUGUUUUUGAUACGGUUUAAUUAGUUUUUGUAUAAGACUGUGACUGUUCUUUUUAAUAUUUGCUUACCUGUCCAUAGCACAAGCAGUUUGCUCUUAUUCAUUACGCGCCCUUUAGAAGACAGUUUUUAUGGGUAAAAAAAAAUACUUCACUUAUAAUAUAAGGACACAAGUGAUAAAGUAUAUUUUAAUUACUUCCGUUAUGAAAAAAGAAAAAAGACUUGAUCAUCCUCGACAUGGAGGAAUCUAAAUGCGUUUUAAUAGAUGUCGGAAAAUGGUUAAGAUUCAGUUUAUCGUUCAUUGUAAGGCCUCUUAUUUUCGAACAAAUCAACGUACGUUACAAUACAGGGUUCAUUCUACUGUGAUGUACGUUUUAACUUUCAUUUUUCCUUCCAUUGUACAUACUAUUAAACCCUAUACAUUAAUUUUAUAUUGUCAAAUAUGCGCCAAUCCUGUAAUCAAUCAUUCAAUUGAUUGUAUAAAAAUGACAAAUCAAUUUUUGUACAUUUAAAUUAAGUCGAGCGUUUUAAUUGGAACGAUUAGAGGUAUUGUGCAAUAUAUACUUUCGUUGUUACGAAAAGAUCUGGGAAAGACUAUUUUUCUUUUAGGAACAUGAUUGUAUUAUGCCUUUGUUUCAAUUACAAUUUUUCCUUUGAUUCAUAUCAUUUUUUUCCUUUUUGUACAAACAGAAAUUAAACUAUAAUAAUGUAGAAAAUACCAAUUGUAAGAUUAUACAACUUAGUUUAUGGUGAAAAUGAAAGGUGGAUCAAAUUAUAUAUAUUUUCUCUCUUAUAGAUUAAGUAAUGAGCCACACUUUAAUUAACAAGAGAGUCUUCAAGUCUGAGAAAAAGAAUAAUUUAUUUGACUAGGAUAACAAGUUCUGGAACGAAAGCAUGUAUAUAAAAGAAACUGAGUACUCGAUUGUCCUUCAGUUUUCCCACAAACUAAGUGACAAAAACCUAUUAUAUAUUUAGCGAUACGACGUAUGAUAAAAGCGGAGCAAACGGGGAAACACAUUUAAAGAAAAAUUGGGAAUUAAGUCGUAAAUAGAACAUAAUUAAAUGCUAAAUAUAAUAUAGCUAAUACACUAAGAGCACUUUGCUUGUACUGUUGCAAUUCUUGACUUGCAUGUGUACAGCUAUGUACAUUUUUAUAUAUAAUAAAACAUGAUCAUUUUCGCAUGGUCAUGUUAAAAAAAAAGUAAAGUUACUGAAUAAACUUAAUGUGUUCUUUUUCUAUCAUUUGUUUUACACAUGUAUACAUAUAUGUGCAUAUAUACAUAUAUAUAUAUAUAUAUAUUAACAAUGUACAUUGUUUUAAGUACAAUUUUUAUUUUCCAGUGGUUAUGAUAAUGUGAACAUAAAUGAAUGAUGUUACAGUCUGCUGUAUAUUUUAAGAACCAACAACAUAUUCAGUUCCUGCUCUAUAAUUUUGUGCAAUGUGAAAGAUGACAAAUUUUUUUACAGAAACUGAAGUUCUUAUACAAUACUGUGAAUUACACGCUGCUCUGUCCCAUUGUGACGUUAUCUAAAUUCCGUUUUAUGCUCUCUAAUUCGUUCAUGUCAGUCACAGAGGAUUCGCACUUAUAUACUACCAAUGAAUGAUAAAAAUGAACGGCGAAAGCUAUAAAGACUAUAAGAACUGGAAUCACUAUGAUGGUACUGGCAGUUGCAGCUGUGAAAGAGUAGUCCCAGAAUUUCACCCAGCAUAGUAUAGCUACUUCUACUAAAAAUAGAAACAAACCUAGCACCGUGGAAAACGCCCAGGCUAGCUCUAUAAAACCACGCAUUCUCUCAUGCGGGGAUUCCGUUACCAGUCGUGAUACCUGAAGUUUACUAAUGGCUUCGAUAUUGGGUAACAAAUAUGUGCUUAUCAUUAAAGCAAAGAUGUGUACUGAUACUAAGACGGUUGUGCAAACAGCGAACAUCACGAAUAGCCAUUCUGGUACCUGAUUGGGGUCGUUUAUUUGCAGUUCUACCAUAGCCACCUGAAAGUUGAAAAAGUACACCGAUACAGCAUCAAAUUUCAACGCUGAUUAAUAUGCGUAAUCAUUAUUGGUUUUGCAUAAUCGCCUUCACAAAUUGUAUACCGUCAUUUAACCGCCAUUGAUCACGGAGAUAUAUUUGACAAUGAAUUAUGUUACCGUCAGCGCAAGAUAUAUUGUUAAAGAAAGUGAUAUUUGUCUUACAUAAUCAAAGAUGAGGCUGAAGAUUACACAGAAUUGUCGUCCACGUCUAUUUAAUGAUUUUCAGGAAACGUUGUGUAAUCCUCAGCGGAUUUUCUGAUUAUACAAACAUAGAUUUCUUGGAAAAUUUGCUUGGUAAAGAAUUCACGACUACGACCAUUUUAAAUUUAUGCGACUAUGAGUAUUUCCCCGCAUACUCGGCAUGCUUCACGUGCUAUUGCUAUUUUAUA